AUGGAGAAAUCUCGCCUGCGCGUGAUUAUAUGGAAUGAAUUCAAACGUGGAAAUACUGCGGCAGAAACCUUCAGAAUCAUAAACGAAAAUGAGGGUAAGAAUGUUGUGAGUUAUUCUACGGUGACCAGAUGGUUCGCAAAGUUUCGUGUGGACGAUGAGAAGCUUGAAGACAAACCACGUGCAGGAAGACCCAGCAAACUUGACAAAGAUGCCCUGAGGCGCAAGAUUGAAGUUGACCCAUAUAUUACAAUCCGGGAGUUAGAAGAGUUACUAAACUGUGGAAAAAGUACCAUUGGUGAUCAUUUGAAGGCAAUGGGUAUGGUCAAAAAGUUGGACAAAUGGGUGCCUCACAAUUUGACUGAUCUGCAAAAAGCCAAGAGACGAUGUGCUUCCGAAAAGCUUCUGCAACGCUGCAAAAACGAAGAAUUCUUGGAUCGAAUUGUAACUAUUGACGAGAAGUGGAUCUCGUUUAACAAUACUAGAAGAUCUACAAGUUGGUGUAAGCGUGGAGAAGCUCCUAAGCACGUUCCGAAGCCAUAA